ACUGCAAAAAAAAACGGAUAAUUUUUGGACUAAACCAGCUGCCGUAGUCAGCUGCGCUGUGCAUUAUGGGAUGAGGAAGUGUUUGUUGACAGUUUGCACUUUAGCAUGGCAGCUCAUGGACAAACUUGGAGUAGUGAGGAGGUGCGGAGCCUCAUAGAAAUUUGGUCUGAUGACCAUAUUAGGUCCCAACUUUCGAAAACUCACAAGAACAGCGCGAUCUUCUCAUUGUUUAGCAAACAACUCAGGGAAAGGGGGUUUGAUAGAUCCGUGGAACAAUGCCGGGUUAAGGCAAAGAAGCUCUGCCAGCAGUACAUCCAAGUUCGGGAUGCACUUAAUAAAACAGGCAGCUCGGUGGGAGAUUCAAGCAACAUAUCCUCUGAUGCAGAUGUCACAAACACCGUUGCUGAUGCAGGAGUGUCUGAAGAUCCAGGUACAGAGAGCAGUGCCAAUGAAGAAGCCAUCAUAGGAUGGAGACUACCCAUUCCUGGAGCCAAAGCUCGAAAAAGAAAGCUAAAGUCUUGCAAAGCUGAUGUUGACAUCCAGGCAUACAUGAUGGACAACAGAAUGAUGCUGACAGAAUUGCAUAGAGCUGAACAGAGCCAAGUGGCUCAAGAGGCUGCCUGUUUUGAGAGAAUAUUGAAGGCACAACAGGAGGCUGAGGAGAGAAGAUUCCAGAAGAUGCAGGCACAGCAACAGGCCACUAACCAGAUGUUUCUGCAACUAAUGGGCACUCUAGCAAGUGCGCUGAAUCCUGGUCAGCCCCCACCUCAUUCCACAACAGUGCCAGCCUGGACCACAACACCCCCACCAACAUCAAUCCCUAGUGCUUGGUCCUUGCCCCACCUGUUUCAGCCAACUGCCCUGCUGCCAAUGAAUAAUCCACAUCACCACCGGCAAUCAGAAUCUCCAUCCAACCAAGAUGAACAUCCUAGCACUUCAUCCAUUAUACAUGAUAUUAAUAGUACACACUACUACAACAUGUAGUUUUUUUGCUUGUUUUUGCAAUCUAGGAAAGGCUUUGUUUGUGUAGGCCUUUAAUGUGCAGUCAUUUUGCUCUUUAAAUUGUUCUGUUUAGUGUUCUGAAGAAUAUACUCCAGCAGAAAUGACUACCCUGUGUGUGUUUACAUUUCCCAGAAAUAUGCUACCUCAUUUUCAUUAUUAGUAUUUUUUUUUUUUUUUUUACUUUUGGAAUACACAAGGAUAUAUAAUAUAAAGUAAAAAGAGGACUUUUUUGGCACAACACACAGCCAUUUUUAAUAAAUGGCUUAAAUGUUUAACUGUAAAACAUGUUUAUUUUCCAAUCAUAAUGUUUUUGUAGCCAACAUUUAUGGAAAGUUUCAUUUGUCUGAAGUUAAACAGGCAAGUUUGGUGUUAAGAAUGUUCCAUAUUUUUAGUGUAUUUACGUGUAGCAGCAACUGCUAGCAAGCAGUUGAAGGACUAGCUGGAGGCAAAUCUCCCUAAGACCACCACUUACGCACUGAAAUAAUGGCAUAGUGCCUUUAGCUUAUGGUGUUUGUGUGGUCACUCAUGGGAGAUCGAGGUUCAAAUUACAUGCACUAUGUUACCUAAUUUUUCAAGGUUUUCUUUUCAAAAGUUUAUUGUAAUUUCAGACAAUGUACCAGACACAUAACACUGUAAAAAAAAAAAAAAAAAUACAUUUUACUUUCAAAAUGGAGAAAAAUAUGUUCAGAUGUGUCAACUUUACAUUUGUUACAAAUUAAAACAGAAAUCAUUUUAGAGCAAAAGUAUUUCCAUUCCAUCCAUUUUAAAUCAGACAAAAUAAGUUUAGUAUAUGGUGGUUCCUUAUACCAGCACAUGAACAUAAAUGCUAACAGAUGAACUCAUCAAGAAAUAACAGCAGAAUUUUAUUUGAAUACAUACUGAAUACUGAACAGUA